AUGAUUCUAGCCAUCCUAUACUCCGUGAACCUUUUUCUCAUCGGGCUCGGGAAAACGGCAAUUAUUCCUCUUCCUUCAAGCACAGGACCAUGCGACGUCACGCUUCAAGCAAGUGAACUAGUCGACCUAUCUCGAACCGAUCCCUUUGACCCAAAAGGAGGGAAACGUUCUAUCAUGGUCACCACAUUUACACCCGUUAAUUGCGGGAGUGUACUUUCUACAUAUUACAUUCCAAAUGCAACAGCCAAGUAUGAAGAUGAGACUUUCCAGUCUUUUGGAAUACCUCCAGGAACGUUUGAGUCCUUUCGUAUCCAGACUCAGACACAGCAGCAGUCAGCGUCUUCCAGUCUUCACGGAGAUCAUCCAGUUGUGCUUUUCACACCAGCUCUAGGAUUCUCAAGAUUGAUGUACACAUCGCUGCUUCAGGAUAUUUCCAGUAACGGAUUUGCCGUUAUCUCCGUGGACCAUCCGUACGAUGCUGACAUUGUGGAAUAUCCCGAUGGUCACACGGUCAUCGGAAUACUCGGAAACAUCAGCACAGAUGCAGAGUUUGUUUCAGCAAUGAACGUUCGUGUUCAAGAUAUGAUAUUUUUACUUGAUCAAAUUCACGACGGAAAAGUGGUCAGAGACAUAUUCCCUUUGUCACUGGAAAAUUCACAUCUACUCUCUCUUGAUCGAGUAACUAUCUUUGGCCAUUCCCUCGGCGGAGCAACGGCAGCACAGGCAAUACUGGUUGACGAUCGAUUUGCUGGGGGUAUCAAUCUAGAUGGUUCACUGUGGGGAUCGGUCGUGGAUAAAGGACUAUCAAGUCCGUUCCUGCUUUUCGGUAACGCAAACCACACCCAGGCAACAGACUCCAGUUGGGCAACUUUUUGGUCCAAUUUACGAGGAUGGAAACGUGAGCUACAACUCGCACAGUCUCAACACUAUACCUUUUCCGACCUUCCAGUGCUUGUCGAUGCUCUGAGUAUCUCGGAUGAGGCUAGACAAAUUAUCGAGGCCGGUUAUAUUGGGACAAUAGGCGCGUUGCGGGCUAAGGACGUUGUUGCCUCGUAUAUCAUUGCCACACUGCAGUACUUUGUUUAUGGGCGCGAGUCAGACUUACUGAGUGGCCCUUCUGUAGCGUAUCCUGAUGUAACCUUUGUGUCUUCCUGA